AGCGAAGACUCUUUUGGGAGACCGAUUUCUUAACAGCGCUUCAAAGUUGUAAAGAACCUAAAGUACCCUCAGCACUCUGAAUGGAGAGAAUCAGUGUGGAGACCUCCGGGCCAGGGGGGAGUGGAGCCUCGCAGACCGGGUACCCCGCCGCGGCCCCGGCUCCGGCGGGCCAGCGGUUCGGAGCGCGUUCUUCUGCUCCAGGAUUCCUGCAGCGCGUCCAGCAGAAGGUCCUGCAGGGGGCCUUGGUGCUUGGCACGCUGUUCCUGCUCCUCUGGGUGGCCUCUUUCAUUUAUGGAAGCUUCUACUACUCUUUCAUGCCCAAAGCGGCGCAUUCAGCCCCGGUACACUACUACUACAGAUCAGACUGUGAGCCUGGAACGUUGCAACCUUGUUCUUAUCCCAUUGCAAAUGUUUCUCUUCUCCAAAAUGGCAAGCACCAGAUGAUGUCACUCGGCCAGAAGUACCGCAUCUCUCUGGAGCUGGAGAUGCCCGACUCCCCGACCAAUCAUCUGCUUGGGAUGUUCAUGGUCAGGAUGACCUGCUACUCCAAGGAGAGGGGGAGGGUGACCUCCUCCACCCACCGCGUCAGCCCCCGGCCCUCGGCCUCCAGCACCCGCUUUACGAUGCUCCGCUACCGCUCGGACCUCCUGAGGACGUUCGCCACGCUGCUCUUCCUCCCGGGGUUCCUGAGCGGCGUGUCCCAGCAGGCCCAGUGGCUGGAGGUGGACCUGUUCACCGACUACACCGACGACCCCUUCUCCCCCUCCGUAGAAGCCAUGUUGGAGGUCCUGUCCAGCCAGGUGCAGAUCUACUCUGCUCGGCUCAACAUCUACGCCGAGUUCACCGGAAUACGCUACCUGCUCUUCCACUACCCGGUGAUGUCAGCACUCGUGGGCGUGUCCAGUAACUUGCUCUUCCUCAGCAUGCUCCUCUUCGUCGGCUACAUGAGGCUGCUUUUCGGAGGCACCGGCACCACGAGUCCGAAACUGUCUGGGAGAUCCACUACAAAUAAGAGCCAUACAUCUGGAUGCGGAGGAAGGUCAUAGACACGAUGUUACACCGCAGAACCCAGCAGGUCACUGGAAGCAGCCCACGUUAGAGCUGAAUCACCCGCAGCACAAAUCAAGUACCCCCUGAUACCCCCGAGUGUGUUUGUGGUUGUGACUUACAAAGAUUGGAUAUAGGGUUGAUGUUGAUGAUGAUGUCUAUAUUGUUUCACCUUCUCCUGAAAAAUAUACUUGUUGUAAGUUGCUUUGGAUAAAAGUGUCUGCUGAAUGCCCUAAAUGUAAAUGUUGAUGUCUAAGGUUGUCCAAAGUUUAGAAUGGGUUACAGAUGAUGCUGGUCCUGCUCAAUCCUUAUCCUGUGUUAUCCCAAGUCGAUUUUCUCAUUGUGUUUCAUUCUUACCUGGAAGUAAUUGAAAAGCUGCAACCAUGUCUGUAGGAAACAUGGUAUAACUUAAUACAGAAUUCAUUCAUUUCUAGACUUCAGAGUACCUUCUUUUUUAUAUAAUGUUUUGAUUAUAUAGUCUUUCUUUUGUACAGCUCUGCACAAGUUCAAAUAAAAGAUUUUUAAGAUUAUUCUUAAUGUAAAGCAUUGAAAUAUUUAUUCAUUUAUU